AAGUUUGCAUGGACAUCCCCAAAAGGGAUUAACAUUUUAAACACCGCUCUGUUAGAAAAUAGAAUACUAAAUGCCUAAAAAAUCGCUCAAAUUAACUGUUUCCUUAACCAUCCACUCCAUAACCUGUCCAGGGGUGGUCUUAAAUGACAAGGAUGAUGUGUAUUUCAGCAUUUUUAUGUUGGGACAGUAUAAGAAAACAAAAUGCCUGCCUGCUUUGUUCCCACUUUUUUUCCAUGAAAAGAUGAAAUUUGAAAAGAUUUUUGAUGUAGCAGUUGACCCUGGAGAUGUUGCAGAACUGUUAGAAUCUGAUGCAACUGCAUUUGAACUAAUUCAGCUUGUUCCUCCAGUUGGUGAAACACUUGCAACUUAUGAAGAAAACACUAGAGAUUUUCUUUAUCCAGGCCCCAGGCUUACCCCCACCUAUCCUGGCUCAGAUCGAGAGUUGCUGCUGAAGAGAUCCACAUCAUUUCCAGGAAUUGCACCAAAACUUGAAUUUUCCACUGUCUCUGUCAUUACAGAAUGUCCCUCGUACGAAACUGAGAAAAAUAUUGAGGUUAAUAUGGAUCUAGCAUCAUUCACACCUUUUCAAAAAUUAUCAGUGAGAUCUCCUAGAAAAGAAAGCAGCCCACACGAGAGAGCAAAAUGUUACCAGUCAGCAAAAGGAUAUGAACAACCCACAAUAGCAUCUCAGUCAAGGUCACCAUCUCCCUACACAAAGAGACGGAUGUGUGAACUCUCUGAAGAUGCUAGACAGCGUCUGGCCCAUUUAAAUCUUGGACCAUUUGAAUUCAAGAAGGAAAGCAAUAACAAGCCUCCAUUUGUAGUCAGACACACAGAUAACCUUCUGACUUCACCCCUGCCCACAUUUUCCUAUUUGCCUUCAUCCAAGAGCAGUGUAAGAAAAGCAUGGUUUCCUGAUUCAGACAUUUACAAUGAUCCUUCCUUGUUGGGCAGCUAUAGGCCAAAACUUAUAAAGGAUGUCAGUGAGACACAGGAGAAAGACUCCUUAUUUGACUUUGAUGAGCACAUUAUCUCACGGCCAGCUGGCAAACAUACACAUUCAUCUUGGCCGUUAAUGGUCCACUCAGCACCUUCAUCAAUUCAGAAGUACUCCCAAAGUCCCAUGUUGAAUCGAUCUUCUCUUAAAGACAGGUUUCAGACCGAUCAAGACACAACUACAAACUGGGAGGAAAUUCAUGACAGAAUUAAAAAUAUUUUAAAGAAGCACAGUUCCAGAAGAAGACUUAGCUUUGAAACUGACAACUCAGAAAAAGAACAUGGUGCAUGUAAUAGAAAAGCCUCCUGUGAAGACUCUCUUUGUGACAGUGAACUGCAGGACAGUUCAGUCCUUCGGAAAAAUGUUUCAGUACAUUUGGAUGAUGGCGAAUACUGGUCCAAUCGUGCAAAUAUGUACAAAGGAAAGUCACAUAGGACUGUUUUUGAGGAAAGUCUGGAGAAAAUUUACAGGAACAUGUACAAAACAGCUUCUAACCCUACAAUGACAAAGAGAGCAUCUGUUCUUCAGUGACAAUAUGUUUACAUAAAAUUAAAGCACUUUAUUUUUUUUA